AUGCAUCUGACGCAAAGUACUACAUACCUAGGCAACCUUAGUUGCUGCUGUGGUUCUGUAGAGUGCAUCUUUCUAAGACAUAAUUACUCUGUUCUCGCUAGUGUCGAGAAGGAUGUCCACAACGCUGCCCGGAUGGGCCAGGCCUUGCUCGCGCGUCACGAAGCUUACAUGGCGAAUGCGGAACGAGAUCGCACUGAGCUCGCUGCUCGGAUCGAGCAGUUAGAAGUUAAUAAUAGGGAGUUGGAGGCUAAGAAUGCGAAGACGAUUGAGGAUAACAGAAACUUACUCGACCAGCUCGAGGCGCUCAACAACACGGUCAUCGAUUCUGAAAGUCACAUUAGAUCCCUUGAGGCCUCCGUCCUUUCUUCGCAACAGUCAGUUCGUAGGCUCGAGGGCGAAACGGCGCGUGCUGCGGCAUUAGAGCGCCAACUUCUAGCUUUAGAGCAAGAACAGGCUGAGCUACAGAGCCACCUGAGUUCCUCUCGUGAAGAGGCUAAGUCUGCCGUGUCGAGAUGGAAGCGAGCCGAAAGGGGCAUCAGUGACUUACAAGAACAACUUGAGCGAAUGGAAAGAGAAACGCAAGAAGAGAGAGAAUACCACGUUGAAAUGAUAGGCCGAGUAGAAAGACAGCGUGAGAUGGAAAAGGAGUUGAAUACCGCCGCUGGCCGACUAAAGGGAGCAGCAGCAGCUAAAUCGCUUGAUCGCGUCGGCGGAGGAGGGAGCAAUGCCGUAUCACACUUUGUCCGUGACCUGCUCCAAGACAACGCCAACCUGCAAUAUGGUAUCGCCGAGUUGCGGGAGAUGCUUAUAAACUCCAACGACGAGAUCCAAGCUUUGCGCGACCAGCUCAUGUAUCACCAACCAUUGGGAGACGAACUUGCCAAUGCUGCCUCCACGCUUAGCGCGGAGCUCGAGUCUGAAAAGGAUUCGCCUGAAAGGAUACCUCCCAAGACUCCGCAUGAGCUUCAUAUUCACCACCAUUUCCAUUUACCGAAAUCGAAACAAGAAGUGAAAAAGCCGCGGAAGAAACGACAAGGAAUUGCACCCGGUGUAUUUACGCCACCUGGAAGUACAGUACCAAGCACGCCUCCAAGUGGCCCCACGCGAUCACAGUUUGGUUCUCAUAUGCAUAGAGAUUCGCUCCUCUCCAAUUGUUGGUCAACAUAUUCAGACCAACGGUCCGAUUUUGCAUUCUCGUCGGUUCCGAGCUCGCCUCUAUCAAACCGCCGAAAUUCACUUUUCGACCACUCUGCAAUAGACUCUUUUCCCACUUCACCUACGACUAGUAUCGACCCGGUAUCUCCUACGUGGCAUGCUACUCACCAGAAGCAGCUAUCGAACGUAUCUUCACGGGGUUUUCGAUUCUCAACAACGUCAGCCUUGGCACAACCAUUCGUUACUGACACCCAUCCAAUUAUCGAAGAAUCUGAUGAUGGGGACAAUCCUCCAGAUCUAACCUCAGCCACCGACGAGUCUACCGCAGAAGAUGCAGCUUCUUCCAGGGACCAAGACGCUAUGAUGGAUGAUAUUUCUGCCGUAGAUGAGCCAGGCGAUAAUCCAAUACCAAUAGUCAGGCUACGUAGAUCUCUAUCGCAUGAAUCCAUCAUAUCGCUCUCCGGCGGCCUUGAUAUCCACACAUUAAAGUCUCGACCGAGUCAGCUGAGAAUCCGCCACAUAGGUUCGGCCUCUUCUGUGACGGGGAGCAGUGAUAUUACAGCGCGGCCUAUGUUGUUACACGAUAGCGCAAAGCGAAGUAGCACGCUACUCCGUGAAAGAUAUGCCUUAUCGCCAGUAGGAAGUUUGCAGUCCGUCUCAGACUCAUCCAUGUCAGGUUUCGGGUCGUCAAAACUUAGUAAAUGGGUUGGCUGGCGGCCAUGGGGUGGCGGCGGCGGCGCAGGUGGAGAUAGUAGUUCCACCGCGAGUAGUACAUCCGCAAAGACGGCCAAAGACAAUAGUCAAAAAUCGAGUGAUCGUCCUCCUGGUCGUCCCCCUGGUAUCAAUCAGCAGGGCGCGAUACCUGGAUUUUCGGAAUACUUGGCUGCGGCUCAACGAAGAGUGCCGCCUCCCAAGAUCCGACCUGACGAUGUGGAUCGCGAUGCGUUAAGGGAAGGACUCGGAGAAUAA